CUUCCAUAACAACUUCCUCCAGGAGUGGAGCAUGCGUACUACACUCAGCGAUCACCGUCUCGUCGGAUUGCGCAUGCGUGCCUCGCUCUUUUCCCGGACUCUUGGAAUAUAAACAAUAUCACAGAGAAGAGAAGCAGUUAUGUAGAAAUUCCAGUCGUAGCAGCCACAAAUGGGAACUGAAGAAUGUGUCUUAAUACAAACCAAACUAAACUGAGGAGAAUACUAACCACUGACUGGACUUGGUGGUGCUUACCAAAAACCAACACACCAAAAACACGAGACUAGGACGGUGAAAAAUAUAUGAAAGAAAAGAGCUAUUUUAAAAAGAAGAAACUGAAAAAUCCACAGAAAAACAGAACAAAAGUAAAAAAGCAAUAAUAAUAAUAAUAAAAAUAAUAAAGAUAUUCGUGAGUUGACUGUGGAAUAUUUUCAGAUUUGAAGUGGUAACCAUGAUGAUGGCAGAUAACCGAGACGAUGAUGAACUUAGCAUUCCAAGAGCAGCUUUGAACAAAAUGAUCAAAGAACUUGUUCCAAAUAUCCGUGUAGCUAAUGACUCCCGUGAAUUGAUACUCAAUUGUUGUACGGAAUUUAUUCACCUUGUCUCGUCAGAAGCCAAUGAAAUCUGUAACAAACAGACAAAGAAAACCAUUUCACCAGAACAUGUACUGGCAGCAUUGGACAGUCUUGGAUUUAGUUCUUACAAAGAAGAUGCUGUCGCUGUGUUAGAGGAAGCCAAGGCAGUUGCUGCUAAGAAACGGAAAGGAAGCUCACGUCUUGAGAACCUUGGCAUUCCAGAAGAAGAACUUUUACGUCAACAGCAGGAAUUAUUUGCCAAAGCUCGUCUUGAACAGCAGCAGAUUGAACAGCAACAACGACUGCAAGUGCAGAAUGCGCUGCAACAGCAACAGCAACUGCAGCUGACACAGAAGAAUAUGGCACAAUCAACAGACAGUCGAGAAGAUGAUGACGACGACUACUGUUAAUUAAAAAGAAAAAAAAAUAGGGGGAAAAAAAAAGCAAACAAAC